CACAAACUUCUGAUUCUGUUACUGUUUGGUAAAUUGUAGUGUGUUCGUUUCUCUAUGUUUCAAUGAACGAUUCAAGUUAUGAUUGGCUUAACAGCACGUUACAACGAUCCAACGAACAAGCAAAAUGCGUGUUGCGCAAAGUGAAGUCACAAAAUAUUAAUUAUACGAGAAAGGACCAUUACAAAACGACUUCAUUUAAGGAAACUUGUAAAGAUACAACACUGGAUGAAGCAUAUGGAUCUGUUAUGAAAUCUCUUGCAAAAUCAACGCAACUCUGCUUGGACUAUUAUGCAAAAACAAACCAAUCUUCCCUGAACACGCAUGAAAGGAGGUUCUGUUCUAAAUACUUGUCGUCCCUACACCAAAAUAAGAAAAUUCGAUUGAAUUGACAAAAUUAAGUUUAAAAAAGUGUGAGCAACAAAAUAUGUGCGAAGUGCCAUGAAAAAAAGGAUUCAUUUUGUCAAGCUUUUACCAGUUUUUAUCACGUUGUCUUUGUUCUAAAUACUUACACUUACACCAAAAUAAGAAAAUUCAAUUAAAUUGACAAAAUCAAGUCUAAAAAAUAAGAGCAACGAAAUGUGUGUGAAGUGCCAUGAAAAAAAAGGAUUUAUUUUUGUCAAGCUCUUGCCAGUUUUUAAUCACCUUGUCUGUGUAUGUAUUUUCAAUUUUACUGUUUCAUCACUUUGUAUGUACCAUGUCUGAUUGCACUUUUAAAUAAAAGUAAAAUAAAUAAAUUAAAAUAGUUUCCGAA